CUUGUAGCUCCGCCCUUGAACCCAAAGCAAACACUGCACUGCUCUCUCUCUCCCUCUGCACUGAUCUUAAUACAGAGAUCGAGAUCAGAUCAAACGAACUCAUCAACCUCCGAAAAGCCUCGCUCCUCUUCUUCUCCAAAGUUCCACCUAAUGCCGCUCCACCACCCGAAGCACCGCCACCACCACGACGAAGACGUCCUCCCCUACCACCGCUCCGACGACGAGGCCAAGCCGCGGCGCCCAUACGUCCCCUCCAGCUUCCCCUCCUCCCCUGCCUCCGCCGCUUCCCCCCACCGCUUCCUCCUCCUCUUCGCCGUCGUCUGCCUCCUACUCGCCGUGGCCUCCUUCUCCUUCGCCGUGUCCGUUAGCCGCCGCCCUGUGCCACUCCAGCCGCCUCCCGACUCCGUCGCCUUCCGCUGUGGCCGCGCCGAGGACUCCCUACGCUCCUUCCUCGCCUCCUCCGGGAACCACUCCGCCGGCGACAGAGAAAAGGUGCUCGCUGUCGUUGGCGUCCACACUGAGCUCGGAUCCGCCGCCCGCCGUGCUGCGCUCCGUGCCACCUGGUUCCCGCCAAACCCUGAAGGCGUCGUAAGUUUGGAACAUGGAUUUGGUUUAUCUUUUAGGUUUGUCAUUGGAAGGACAAAGGACAAAGAAAAAAUGGCAGAUCUUCAGAAAGAGGUGGACAUGUAUCAUGACUUUUUGUUUAUUGAUGCUGAUGAGGGUACGAAGCCCCCAGAGAAGAUGUUAGCAUAUUUCAAAGCAGCUUAUGACAUGUUCCACGCAGAAUUUUACGUCAAAGCUGAUGAUACUAUCUAUCUGCGCCCAGAUAGACUUGCUGCUCUCCUUGCAAAGGACCGACUUCAUCACCGGACUUAUAUUGGUUGCAUGAAGAAGGGACCGGUUGUUAGUGAUCCGAAUAUGGAAUGGUAUGAAAGUUCAUAUGGAUUAUUAGGUAAUGAGUACUUCAUGCAUGCGUCUGGUUCACUGUAUGCUCUUUCUUCAGAAGUGGUGGGAGCUAUAGCUACUACAUACAAUGAAAGUUUAAGGAUGUUUGAUUAUGAGGAUGUUACUGUUGGCUCAUGGAUGCUUGCCAUGAAUGUAAAUCAUGAAGACAAUUGUGCAAUGUGUGAUUCCACAUGCACUCCCAACUCCAUUGCUGUAUGGGACAGCAAGGCAUGUUCAGGCUCUUGUAACCCCAUUGAGAAAAUAAAGGAGCUGCACAACACAACUUUGUGCUCAAAAAGCCCAACAUUACCGCCUGAAGUGGAGGAGGAAGAGUAGAAUAUAAUACUGACCCAUGAAUGGGCUAUUGUGUGGAUGCCAACCUCCCUUAUGGGGAAAUUGGAUUCAUUAUCGCCUGGAGUUAUAUUGUUGUAUGUAUCACCGAUCUUGUUUGGACAGCAAUCUUGUUGUAGCCUCUUACCGCCGGAGGAUACCUGCAGACGAUACCAGAAUAUGCACAAAUCUUGUUGGGUGCUACCUAGAAGUUACUGUGCUUGGGCACAAUAUGCACAAAUCUCAAAGCAAUAUAGAGUACAAUAUUAGUAUAACUUUGAAUAUUGAUCGUUGGAUAAACCCAAUCCAACUGUAGAGAGGUAGUGAAUCAGAGCAGUGCUUGAAUAUUGACUACACUGAAUUAUUCCAAGGGAGUGGAUGGUAUAUAUACUAUACAAUGUGCACAAAUAUCAAAACAAUGAACACUUUUGUUCUAAA